AUGUCUGGCGAAGGAUUCCUCAACCAAACCAACUUACACUCGCGCGCCAAAUAUCGUGCGGCGCUCUUGACCUAUCCUGGAAACCUCAAGCAAGCUCUGAAAGAUGCUCAGGAGGAUUCCAAAAAGACCCUUUUCGGUGUCGCCCAGGGCAUUGCCAGCACCACCCUGACAAAGGUCUUGGCUUCCGCCAAACCGGACUUUAUUUGGAUGGAUGUUGAGCACGGCAUGUAUGAUCGCUCAACCCUCAACGAGUAUGAUACAGGAUCCCAUAAAACGUUUGACGAGACGAGAGUGUUGACCAAGCAUAGCGCUAUUCACGCCGCCCAGCACCACUCUGAGGGCGAGACACUAGUCAUUGUGAGAGUACCAAAAGAAGAUGAGAUUGCACUAUCUACAGCGCUGGACGCUGGUGCAUCUGGCAUCAUCAUCCCCCACUGCGAGACCAAGGAGGAGGUAGAGGAAUUUAUGCAGAAGAUGUACUACCCCCCUGUCGGAGCCCGUUCAUUCAGCCCAUGGACCUUUACUCCCGGCAUCUCAGAUCUCUCUCUAUACCCGGAAGAUGCCUUCAACAUGAAGACUUCCAACAACCACAUCGCCAUCAUCCCCCAGAUCGAAAGCGUAAAGGGCAUUGCAAACGUCGAGGAGAUUGCCUCAAUACCCGGCGUCGCAGCGCUCAUGUUCGGACCCGGCGACUUCAUGGCCGAUGCAAGAGUGCCCAUGGUCUUGGGAGGCCCUCCCCAUCCCGUCUUGGCUUCUGCUAUGGAGAGCAUGUCAAAGGCCAGCAAGAAAUACAACAUUCCACUUGUUGGUGGCGCUCUGGCUCCAGAGAUGAUUCCCAUGAUGGUAGAGUCAGGCCACCGAGUAAUCGUGACCAUGUUUGAUGUGUGGGCCAUUGCGAACCUUGCAAAAUCCACGGUUAACAACGGGAGAGAAUUAAUUGGGGCAGUCGAGAAGAAGACGAAUGGUGUAUCUAAAUAA